UGGAAACGGUGAAUUUGGUGUAAAAAUGUAACGAUUUCUCUUCUAGACAUGAAACUGUCGCAUAUAUUUAGGCGCCGAUCAUGAUAAGGCAGUUGCCCUAGAUAUGAGUAACUAUCACAACAAACCGAGGGGCAAACUGUCAUCUGUAAAAGAGCCUUACAUACUAACCCCCACCCUGUCUCUAGGCCUGCAGGUGGGUGGAGGUGGUAACCAUAGCAACCUCAUAGCUGUAACCAAGAGGAUAGAUCCACCCAGAUCUGCCAAAUCUGUCAGUACUAAUCCAAAUCACGAUCAUGUGAUGAUACAAUCCAAUGGCGAUGUAAGAAUGAGACGUAUCUCACAGUCAGAGCCUUUCCAGCUCAACCACUUUGCUGAGAGGCUGCCCAUUCACUAUCGCCAGGGUAACAGUCUUGGCGUGACCCAGUUGGCGCAGGGUAAAAAAAUCAUCGUUCCUGCGACAGCAUUUGCUCACGACCUCACACACACAGAGACGCUGAAUGGAGGGGCAGAUAACUCUGUGCACCCUUUUGCUCGCAGUUCGUCCGUGUCACCCAAAUCUCACAAAGCACCUGUGUUUCUCCCAGGGGAUCGUGUAAUCUUUGCAGAGAGUCCCUCAGCCCCAGGGAUCCCAGUGGUCUACAGGACCCCUGAGGAGAGGGCGUCCAACCCAGACAGACUAAACCUUGACAGACGACGACUGACGGUGUGUCCGGUACUGGAAGGAGAAGACAACUUGAAGCUGUUGAAUUACCAACACAACCUGAUUACCCGCAUACAACACCUCAGCUCAUUGCGCAGACUCAUCUUCCUGGAUCUCUAUGACAACCAGAUAGAGGAGAUAUCAGGUCUCAAUUCCCUCAAGUGUUUAAGGGUGCUCAUGCUGGGCAAUAACAGGAUUAAGAAAAUUGAGAACCUAGACAGUUUGUUAAAACUGGAUGUAUUAGAUCUCCAUGGUAACCAGAUCACAAUGAUUGAGAAGUUGAACCACUUGGCGGAACUGCGUGUGUUGAACCUGGCAGGUAAUCUGAUCACACAUGUCAACGGUCUGACGGGCAUGGACUCUCUGGCAGAGCUCAAUCUGCGGAGAAACAAAAUUAAAUGUGUGACGGAAGUGGACAAUCUGCCGUGCAUAAUGAGGCUGUUCCUCAGCUUUAAUGACAUUGUCAGUUUUGAGGACAUAUCAUGUGUGGGAGAGUGCAGCACCCUGUCAGAGCUGUCCCUGGACGGCAAUCCUCUCACCCAGGAGUCUCACUACAAGCAGUCUGUCCUGAGACACAUGCAGCAGCUCAAACAGCUCGACAUGAAGCGCAUCACGGAAGAAGAGAGAAGAAUUGCCAUAGUGAUGGCACGAAAAGAAGAAGAGAAAAAACGAGAGAUAAACAAGAUGGCUAUUGUGAAGGAAAAACGUCGCCUGGCCAUCAACAAUGCCAAACGUCAGUGGGAGGUAAUGCAAGGCUCACUUAUACAUCACACCGGUAAACUGGGCAAAAUGCCUGAUCUGUAUGCAAACCACGUAGGGACAUUUUCCACAGCCGAUGUCAUAAGGCAUACACGCUCAGAAACGCUAGAAGACAAAGAUGAGGUUUCCUCUGUCAGUGACCUAGCAAGUCGACCUCAGAGCAGCACGAGUGUUCGAAGUGCUCCGACGGAACCCUAUGGAGAUGGAACAAGGUCAAGGCCAGGCUCACGAGGAAAGGGAGAUAAACCCUCACUGACACCUUUGAAAGAAACCAUGACAUUUGCGGCCCCUGGAUCUAAGGGAGGUAACUCUGAGAUGAGUCACUUGGCAGAUCUGGAGGCAGACAAGCUGAGUAUUUAUGGUCCUGGUGCAAUGGAAGCUUUAGACAAGAACUGGGGUAUACAUGCUGCAGGGGCUGUCACCACUAUCACCUUCAAAUUUAUAGACUUUGAUGUCAUCUCAAAACAUCUGCAUAAAAUCAGAACACGAUUUCCAUCCGUCCAUACCCUGGUGUUCAGUGCGACCAACAUUCGGUGCCUUCAGCAGCUGAACGCGCUGUCCAAUGUCCGGAGACUGGAGAACCUAACGAUAGACGUGGAAGGGAAUCCCGUAACCAAGUUUACACACUGGAGGAUUUACACUCUCUUCAGACUCGCUCAUUUUAACCUCAAGAAAAUCAAUGAUAUUGAGGUGUCAUCAAGCGACAUAGCACAAGCAGAACGAUUGUUUGGUUCCCUGUCACACCUGACGACAUCACAGUUACCUCCAUCCCGUCUUCUCUCAUUGUUAGGGGAAAGUAGGAGAAAACAGAUCAUGGCUCUAUAUGAGGACAAGUCACGGAGAUCAGAAGUGAAAACCACAGAGCGACCCCCAGGGGAGUUUGUGGGACGAUCAGGUCUGGGUUACACACCGCCAGUAGCAGACACCAAAACAAGCCAGUCAUCUCAUGCUGAUGUUGCAAAGAGCUAUGUGGCAGAAGUGGUAAAGGACACGCUGUAUUGUGACAGAAAAAACAACGAGCUUCGACGCAUUUGGCCGCAGCUAUUUUACGAAAUGGUGAAAGAUGCAGUUUUAGAAAUGACAGACAUUAAAUCCUAUAUGAAAAAGUGUAUGGAGGAAAUAGAAAGAAGCUGAUAUGAGGAAACUUGAUUUACCAAAAGAACUAAGUACAGAUGGGUUGUAGAUACAUGUACCUGGAUAGCUUUUCAGGAAAUUUUUGUAAGACUCUUCACAACCUGCACAGGGAUGUCCUGGUGAAAAUAUUGGUAUCAAUAAGGUUAUUAUUAAAGUUACAAUAAGCUUUUGUCUGCACUAUCCUUGACACUGAACACUGUAUCAUGGAGCAUGAUUGGUUGAACAGUAAAGUCUGUGAGAAGGUCUGCCAGCAACCUGCAGAAAGUCGUGAGUUUCCCCCGAGCUCUGCUCGAUUUCCUCCUGCCAUAAUGCCAGCCACUGUCAUAUAAGUGAAAUAUUCUUGAGUACGGCGUAAAACACCAGUCAAAUAAAUAAUAAAUAAAUCAACAAUAAAGUCGACAUGAUAGUUUGUUUUACCAACAGUCUUUUACCAUUGGAGCCAAGUAUCUAGUUUCUGAAAAUCAACGCAUCUAGGAGAAUGCAGAUUCAAAAACAACAGACAAGAAUACGCCUUCAAAACCUCUCGGUUUUAUCAGGCUUUCCAGCACUCCCCUUUGUGAAUUAAUUAAUUUCCAAGAAAUCUUUUGAAAGUUUGAGAGAUUUUUUCAGAAAUUAUGGUUUCAUAUUAUAAUUUGUCACUCUGCGUGAUUAGGCAGUCGGAGAGAAAGUUUGUUCUGAGACUAAGACAUGUCUCCAUCACUAGAGUAAACUUUGUAGGUCAUAACUCCACAUGCAGAUGUAUAAAAUUUUGGACACGUAAGUGUUUCUUGUCUGAGAUGAUAUAGAGAUUGCCAUGCAUGACUUAUGGUAAACAUGAUAAAUGUCACCUGUCGCUUUGACACCCUGUCUUAGUGUGUUUAAGUUGAGACUGUUCAGAGGCUGUGAAUGAGAAAUGCUGAAAAGCACCAUCAUUUUGUAACAUGCUGUUAAUUUCAUAAACUUGAUGUGUCUUCAUACUAUAGACAUGGCCACAAGUAUACCAUAUUCACACAACUGAUGGAUUCAUUAAAUCAAAUAACAACUGAGAUACGUUGAUUGGUUAAUGAUACAGAGCUACUGCUACAGUAUUGUAUUUUAUGGCAGACCUACUCCCUGGCACUGACAGUGUGCAGCCUUUGUUGACGGUCACCAUCUUUACCUCUUAUGAUCCAUUGUGUGAUGAUUUGUGUCAUGAAUAAAUAACAACAUCAUUACAUCACUAGAAGUUUUUACCAACCAUAAACUUAGCAUCCAAGAUUAUUCAAGCCAGUCAAGCCAAUGUAGUUUUAUCCAAAAAAUCAAAUUAUAUAGGUACAUGCACCGAAUUCAAAGUUGCCCCUUUUUUGUGAAAACUAUCUGAUGAUCACCAGACACCCAGUGGGAUUAGCCUCAGACGUUUGAAGCCAUUCAGCCACAUUAGGUAAAACAGGAUUCUGACCUAGUUUCUGUGAUUUCUACUGUGAAAGGUUCCCUUUCAAGAAGUUGUUUGGCUUGACUGGUCUUCGUCUUUGAUAGCACCAUGUACCCGUGUGACUGGUGUGGUCUUCAUCUUUGAUGGCACCAUGUACCCAUGUGACUGGGGUGGUCUUCAUCUUUGAUUGCACCAUGCACCAGUGUGACUGGGGUGGUUUUCAUCUUUGAUGGCACCAUGUACCAGUGUGACUGGUGUGGUCUUCAUCUUUGAUGGCACCAUGUACCCAUGUGACUGGUGUGGUCUUCAUCUUUGAUGGCACUAUGUACCCGUGUGACUGGUGUGGUCUUCAUCUUUGAUGGCACCAUGUAUCCGUGUGACUGGGGUGGUCUUCAUCUUUGAUGGCAACAUGUACCCGUGUGACUGGGGUGGUCUUUCCUGAGCUUAAAAAUGUGAGCCAGGUUCAAGUGUGAGUAUGGAUGGGUAAAUUGAACUGUGAUCUGAUUUGUAUAAAUUUCUGAUAAAUCUACAAGUGCAAAUAUAUGAGUGUAACUCAGUGGGUCAUUUCUGCUGUGUCAAAUGUUGUUGUUUCAUGUGCUAUGUAUGUUGUUAACAUGUAUGAAUAGAAUUACCUUAGUUCAGUAUGCAGGUGUUACCUCAUUACGAAAGUUGUCUCCCUUUAGUCUACACAGUGAAUGUUAGGUAGAGAAACACUUCUGUUGCAAGCAAUACCUUCUCCAGUCACUUUUUACAGAUGUGUUAGAAACUGGAAUAAGCAUCUGACAGACACAUGUAAGUAAAGUAGGUUUCAUUUUCAUUAUUGAAAGGAUUUUACAUGUCACCAGCUUAAAAAAGAUAACAUGUAUUAUAACACACAGCACAAAUAGGCAUUAAAAUGACACUGUUGAUGCCAACUCUUGAGAUUUUUUUCUGAUAAAUUCAUCAUGAAAUUAAUCACAUUUCACAAAAAUAUUCUUAGUGGCCUUCUUGGUGGAUGAGUAAAUCAGAAUCAAGCAAAAUGUGUCACUUGAAAAAGCUAAACGCAAACAUUAUGUUAUAUUGUAUGGUAUGGUGUGUAUACAUCGGGACUGACCUCAAAUUGCCAUGAAGCAUUGCUCCGUUUAGAAAGGGAGAUCUGAAACAGUAUUGGUACAUGUUAGAUUGAACUACAUGGACAUGUCAUACAUUCACAAAAACAGUAAUCUGUAAGGUUCGCAGUGAUGUGCCAUGCCUGUCUGCAAAUCUUAUGACUUCUGACAUCUGCUGAUUAUAACUGUGCUCUACCACUUCAUCCCACAACAGCCGUAGUUUGCAGGUCAGAUUUGGAGACCUGCUUUGUAAUUAGAACUGUAGAACUGUAGAACA